UCCGUAACAAAAAAAAAGAAACAUAACAAUCAAAAUAAUAACAACAUUAAUGUAAACUGUGUAACUAACAUAACCUAACCUUUGUUACAGAAAGUGUCAAAUGCCCAAAGACAACCACAGAAGGAUUCAGUGAGUAAUAGUUAACAUUAGACAUCGAACAGGCUGCGUGGAGCAAUUAUCCAAGCCUUGAGCCAUAAGAGCUCAGAAUAAGAAGGAAAAAAAAAUACUGUUUUGUUUGGUUAGUUACUAGACGAAUGAUUUUCCGAGUUUUGCCGAAAUUGAAUAUAUAGUGUAAAUAUCUACUCUUUCUAUUACUCUUUUCUUUUGAUUUAGCUAUGGAAGCAAAACAAUAUGACCCUAAACGCGACCCACGUGUCAAACAAUUAAAAAUUAAAACAGGUGUGGUAAGGCGUCUCGCAAAAGAAAAGGUUAUGUACGAAAAAGAAGCUGAUUCUCAAAGACAACGCAUUCAGAAAUUCAAAGAUGAAGGUAAAGAUGACCAUGAUAUUCGCAAGCAAGAGGAAGUGCUUCAAGAGAGCUUAAUGAUGGUUCCUGACUGCCAGCGACGACUUGUUAAGGCUUACGAAGAUCUCACAAAGACAUUAGAAGAAGUGUCGGAACUGAAAGACACUGAAGAUUACUCGGCUGCAGUCAAAGUCCUGGCAGACGCCAAACCUGAGCUACCUGCUGAUGGUCAAGCUGUUCUGCAUUUCUGUUGAAUAUCUGAAAUUUCUCGGAGAACUACUUUUAAAUUUUAAGUGCUUGUUAUUUAGAAUUUUAACACAAACUUUUCUAGUGUAUAUACAUUUUUAUUGAACUUUUUGAAUUGCUUUUUUUAUAG